AUGGCUGAGCGCUACAGAGUGGGCCGGACACUGGGGGGCGGGGCCUUCGCUGUGGUGAAGGAGUGUGUGGAGAGGUCGACAGGCCGAGAGUUCGCUCUCAAGGUCAUCAACAAAGACAAGUGUAUAGGGAAGGAACACAUGGUCCAGAGUGAGCUAUCCAUCCUGCGGAGGAUCAAACAUCCCAACAUCGUUCUGCUCAUCGAGGAGAUGGACACUCCAAAUGAACUCUAUCUCGUCAUGGAGCUAGUUAAGGGGGGCGACCUGUUUGACGCCGUCUCCUCCUCUAGCAAGUACACGGAGCGAGACGCCGCCUGCAUGCUGUUCAACCUGGCCAGCGCCAUCAAGUACCUCCACGGCCUCAACAUCGUCCACCGAGACAUCAAGCCAGAGAACCUGCUGGUGUACGAGCACCUGGACAGCAGCCGCUCUCUGAAGCUGGGAGACUUCGGCCUGGCUACCAUGGUGACCGGCCCGCUGUAUGCCGUCUGCGGCACGCCCACCUACGUAGCGCCGGAGGUCCUCGAUGAGACCGGUUACGGUCUGGAGGUUGAUGUGUGGGCUGCUGGGGUUGUAGCUUACAUCCUGCUGUGUGGCUUCCCUCCCUUCCAAGGGAGCGGGGACAACCAGGAGGUUCUGUUUGAGCAGAUACAGAGCGGCCAUCUUGAAUUUCCCUCUCCCUCCUGGGACGGCGUCUCGGAUGCUGCCAUGGAUCUGGUUGGUGGGAUGCUGGAGAGGGGGCGGGGCCAGAGGUUCACACCUAUGCAGGUGCUAGAACACCACUGGGUCAAGGACGAACGCUUGCCAGAGAAUGAGCCCCACCUCUCCAUCGCUGGGAGGAUCAGGAAGCAUUUCAACACACGGACCAGAACCACUAGCACCUCCGCCGGAGUGGCCGUGAUCACCAGCACCCCAUUGGAUAAGGAGAAGCAGGGCAUACGGCGGAGGCGUGGCUCUCAGGACACCAGGCGGGCGGGGCCACGGGGGCCGUCCAACCAGCUGCCGCGCGCCGAGUCAGAGGACCCCCCACCGGGGGCCGCGGACAACGCCCACUCCAACGCCUCGCUCUUCUAG